ACUUUCAAUCGAAUUUGUUGCAGCAGAAACUUCAACUCAGCUGAUUGCGGUUGCACGUAUUGUGUUGAAUAAUAAGUUUAUAAAACUUGAAUAAAAUAACAAUUAAUUAAUCAACAUGGGUGUUGAUAUUUUGAGUUUUGCGUACGCUGCCACUGUAGCCGCUGGUGGCAUAAUGGGUUACGCCAAAGCAGGUUCCAUACCUUCUUUGGGAGCUGGCCUUAUCUUCGGAUCUAUCUUAGGUGUUGGAGCCUACCAAUUGAGCCAGGACCCCUCAAACUACACUGUCAUGUUAGGCACCACAUCCACGCUCGGAGGUCUAAUGGGAUACAGAUACUACAACAGCAGGAAGUUCAUGCCAGCCGGUCUAGUGUUCACUCUCUCUGUCGGUAUGCUUGCUAAAUUGCUAAUAAAACAUGUCGGAGCGCCGCCAUUGUCCACAAAGACGUAUUAGAUUUAUAAGAGAAAAUUUUUAGUCUAUCCGGUAUUGGGUUAAGAUCAAACAAAGAUAAUAACUUCAUGGAAAGGUACCUUCUUAGAUAUUUUUUUUGUGUUUAUCAGUUGUUUUUUUUUAUGAAAUGAUAUAGGAAUGUUGUAUUUUGUUUUUGUUUUCAACAUCACACUGUAUUUCUUGAUACCAUAUGGAUAUGCGUAAGAUAGCAUGAAAUAACGCAUUUAUUUUCAAUAUACAUUUUAUGUAUAUGUUUUUGUAUAUUUUGUAGUAAUGCACAUUUUGGUGCAAAAUCUGUGUUCAUUUGAUUUACGUAACGAUUUAAUUUAUUAUGUCGUAACUAGUGAUUGUUAAGCGUGUUUUUAAUGCUGACAAAUAAAAGGUGUUGGGAAAAUA